GAGAAGAUUGAUUCCCAAUAUGCUCAUGGGUUGCAAGAACUAGAAUUUAUUCGGGAGAAGAGUGAUACAGAGGCUGCAAGGCUGUGUGUGGACCAGUGGUUAAAAAUGCCAGGUCUGAAACCAGGCUCUAUUACCAGUGGAAGAAGAGUUGGUUAUAAGGUGGCAGGUCAGAAGCAAGUCUACAGCAGUCCCAAAUGUUGUCCUGUGAUGCAUUGCAACAGAGAGUUUGAUAAUGUACAUCUUCUUCUAGGUCACCUUCAAAGGUUUGAUCAUUCUCCUUGUGACCCAACAGUCACAUUACAUGGACCCCCAAAUAAUGCUGUUGCCUGUGUGAUAUGCUGCCAAAGAUUUUCAACCCCCCAGCAAUACAGUGAUCAUCUUUUAUCUAAGCUAAAUGAAAAUGAUGGGCAUAAAAAUGAUCUCCCUCCACAGCACAUUCAGUGUUUUGCAUGCCCAAAAUGCUUCCUCCUUUUCACCAAAAGAGAAGAGUGCUCACAACAUAUGUCAGUAAAGAACCACUUCCUCCAGGUUUCUAAAUUGAGUGAUGAACUGAAGUCUGACAUUCCUCUACCUUUCCCAUCCUAUGCAAAGAACCUUCUGAUAUCUCUGUGCAAAGAGGUCCCUUUUCAGGUGAAGUGUAUCUCCUGCCACCAGAUCCUGCGCUCGCAUAAGGAAUUAACAGCUCAUUUCAGAACACGUUGCCAUAAUUCUGGGCCCGUGGCACUGUCAAGAAAAAGCAUCUCCCAAGUUGCAGGGGUAUUUAAAACCAAAGGUCACUGUGAGAGCUGUGAUGAACUCUUUGCUGAUGAAAAUCAGAUAACCCAACAUAAGCAAACCACUCAACAUAACAUCAGGGUUUUUACUACAAUGGAAGAGUCCAUAUUGAUGUUCUGUCAUGUCAAUGGAAGAAAUAAAACCCAGACUCACUUGUGCCCUACUGUGGGUCGCUCAAGGCCACUGCUGAAAAGACAUUUGACUUCAGAGGAGUCUUCCAGUGAGAGGGGAUGUACUCCUUCAAAACAGAAGAGUAAUUUCAAAGAUGAGAACAAAGCCAAUGUAUCAAACCAAAGUCAAGGUAGUGCUUGCAAAGUGAAAGCCUGGUUCUGUGAGUGCUUUCAGAAGUUUUUUACAGAAGAGGCAGUAGAAAAGCACAUCUUAGCAGCAAACAGGAUCUGUCACAAGUGUGCUGUGUGUGGAAAGCUUGCUGAGUACUCCAGCAUUAUCCGCCUGCACAUGAGUCGCUUCCAUGGGGGAGCACACCUGACCAAUUUCCUUCUCUGGUGCAGAGCAUGCUCUGUGGAGCUGAGAGAAGAGGAUGUUAUGGGACACAUCACCGAACGCCACGGUGGACAUAGCUACUAUUACGAGCAAGAAGCUGUGGAAGAUGAAGCUAUGCCAUCUGCCUCAGACACAGUGUGUGUUUCCACGGGCCGAGACAAAGACCGCGUUCCCAGCCCGAUGGAAGUGUCUCCUGAAACAAGUUCUGUUGUGGGAAAGUGGCAGUGCCGCAUUUGUGAGGAGAUGUUUGAGUCUGAAGAGAGUGUGAAGCAGCACUGCAUGUCCCUGGAAAGCCAUGCAUUCCACAGGUACUCCUGUGGCUUGUGCAAGAACCACUUUCGGAAAGUAGGAACGCUGCAGCGACACUUCCAGGAGCAUCAUAAUCAGGAGAUACAGAUUAAAUACUUCUGUGGCCUUUGUGGUAAUCUCUUCUUUGACACAGAAGAAGAAUUUCUUACCCAUUAUAAGGAGAUUCAUAGCACGGACUAUACAUUUGUACCUGAGCAGAUGGAAGUAUCCAUAAAAGAGGAGAAUGAUUUCCUCCCAGUUGAAGAAGGAGAUUGUUUAACCUGUGGUUGCAGGACAACUUAUGCCUCCAAAACAAACAGGAGGAAUGAUUAUGAGAGUUGUCAGAAAGCCCUGCUGCAAAAAGGAAGCUUAUGGUUUCGAUGCUGCUUGUGUUCUGCAACGGCACAGAAUCUUGCUGAUCUGCACAGCCACCUCAACACUCACACGUCGCAGAAAGCCAGGGGAGAGAUGUAUGUUGUCAGGUGUGCUGCAUGCAGCAAGUACUUUGAUGAUCUUCCUAGUGCACAGCAGCACUACCACAUGAAACACUGCUUCUUGCAGAAACCUGAUCUGUCAAGUCUUGCGUCAGAAUCGGACAAUGGAGUGUUCAAGUUCACAGCAAGUGGGGCUUGUAUGGUUGGAAAACCUCACAGACCACAGGGUCAAGAAACUCCAUCCAAAACUCAGGACAGACCACAGUUGUCUCCUCUGCAGGGACCAAUAGAGGGGAAGAAAAUAAAGAGAGAGAGCUCAGCAGACUCUGAAGAACUUAGUGAAAAUGGUGAACUUCCUGACCUUGACUACCUGAGUACCAUGACUCACAUUGUGCUGGUGGAUCUGGACAACUGGGGGAGCUUAUUCAUGCAGCUGCCAGCUAACCUCAACCAAGGGACCUUUAUCUGGGGCUUUCAAGGGGGACACAGUAACUGGAAACCUCCAGUACAGUGCAAAAUCUACAAUUAUCUGAAGAGGAUUGGAUGUUUCUUUCUUCAUCCACGUUGUGGCACCAGAAGAGAAGCAGCAGACUUUGCUAUCUGUGUUCAUUCAUCAAGGUUGGAGGAGCACCUGCCCAAGCAAAUUCCUUUCACUAUACUUUCUGGAGACAAAAGCUUCCUGGAACUGGAAAAUCAGUUUAAGAUGACCCAGCGAUCAGCUUGCAUCCUCAAUCCUCACCACAUCGACGGAGACAUGAUAUGUGCCAUGCUAAACAGCAUUUCAGAUACCACUAAAGGUUCAGACAGCGAAGAGGAUGAAGAUACGAAACUAACAAUGAAGAGAAGCUUGGAAGAAAUAAACAAACAGGAAGAGCAAGAUGCAGAAUUGCAAGAAGCUAUCAAGAGGAGCCUUGAGGAAAUGUAAACGAAGAUCCUUCAAUGCACUAAGACCUUGUCCUCAGAACUGCUGACAGAGAUGGAAGCUUGUUCAUCUGCUUCCAAGGCUUCAGAAAUA